UGACUCCUCAACCGUCCAAUGCGUUUGGAUCUUCUCACCGACACGGUCGACGACACCACAACUGGCAAAUGGCAAAGAGGCGGAGAGACGAAGCGAAGAUAUACCGUAUUAUUGAAACAGGAGAGGACUACUUAGUAGCGGUCGUACCGUAUCUACCUAGCUAGCUGGAGAGGUCAAAGAGACUGAGAGUGCUUCAAAAAGAACCGACAAUUCACUCCAAACAAAACUUGAUAUUUCGAGCUAUUCGGAUCCAUCCAUCAAUUAAUUCGUGUGCACUGCACCAACCUUUGUUUCUACAAUGAGCCGCCCAUCUUCCGGUGCAAGCUCUUCCUCUGCUUCUUCUUCUAGCUCGACGUCUCCCAUCUGGGCCGCCCGCAAUGUGGAAUGGCCGAUUCCGUCUGUUCUUUCGACGGCCAAUUAUCAGAAAUUAUGGCGGGCAUCCCAACAAACGGCCACACAAAUGGGAAUCACUACAUCCUUGGAUCCUCCUCAAGAUGCCGCCUACGAUACGACGAAUACCGACAAUACCAACACUACUAUUGACAAUAACAACACUGCCAUGGCCGGUGGCGGUGAUACCGCCAGUGAAAGCACUUCGUAUUUCACCGGAUUCAUGAGUCGCGUCUUGAACACGGGAACACCGUCGGCACAAGACAAGAACACAACGCAAUCACCCACUAAUGCAAGUAUGGAAGGAGGUGGGAAUCGACCACUCCGACCACCGCGGCCCCAUUGUGUUGCCACGGCCAAUGGAUGGAUUGUCGCAUCGCUCGAGUGUCCUUCGCCCACCGCAGGAAUUCUACGAUUGCUCUCGAGAUGGAAUGUCCGGCGGGGCAGUAGUGCCGAUCAAUGGAUGGCAUUGCCUCCUCCCAUUGCCAUGGCGUCAACCGUAUUUACGGGACGAAUUCAACACGUUUUUGUCGAUCCUACUGGAUGUCAUACCAUUGUCAGUGCCAAUAAUGGAGAAGCCUAUUAUGUGCAUUCCAGUUUGCGAUUGCCACAAAAGUUACCAGGAUUUGGACCCAAUGCCGAUGGAUCACUGCCACUCACAUUGACGGGAAUUCCUGCCACGGCCGGAACCAAAGUGGGAACGGGGGGAUCAUCUUCGACCACCAGCAACAACAAUAACAACAACAAUUCCAAUGUCCAACAAGGAUUGUCGCCAGGAUCUUACGUGACGGCCGUCGCAUGGGAUCGAGAACGGGGCACGGAAGGAUCCACCAAGAAAAUAUUACUGGGGACCAGUGAAGGAGAAAUCUACGAAUAUGCCCUCAUUAGUCCCACGUCGGAAGAUCAAGAAGAAGCCAUGCCAGCGCCAUUGCUCUUGCAUCGAUUGCGGACAUCAGAUGAAGCACCCGCCGCCGUCACGGGUCUGUAUCUGGAACGACUGCGGACGGGGCUCUUGAUUUUGGCCGCCACGUCCGGCCGAAAUGUGCCAAGGACGAGACUCUAUACAUUCUAUUCGCCUCACAAUACAUCCUUUCGCAUGGCAUUGGCCGAUCAACAACACGCGACAUUGGUGGAUAUCCCUGGAGCGGUCGAUUUUGCCAAUCUGCGACUUGCCAAUGAUCAUUUUGGAUUGCGAACCGCCAUGGGAAUCUAUUACGGGACCAUUGAUCGAUCGCAAUCCAGCAAUGUCCUAGUCACGGGGGGACGCAGUAUGAUUGUCGAUGCCGGGAUACUCCCCUAUGAAGAUGUCGUUGGUCAAGAUAGUGGAGCUACUACUGUCAGCAGUAGUAGUAGCAGUGCGAACAAUCCUGCCGCCGCCAUUUCGUCCUUGGCAUUGACACCCCAUCACAUGAUUCUAUUGAGUGACAACAAUAAUAGUGCAGAUGCCCAUCAUCCCAAGCCACCGGAAGUGCGAUUUAUCAAUCGCGUCGCGCAAAAGGUCAUUCAAAAGGAACGCAUGGAUCUGCUCACGCAGCAAUAUCAUCAUAACAACAAUACACCCACAUCCUCUUCUUCCAAUAACAACAGCAACAAUCCCUUUGCGACAUCGUCGGCAUCCUCUUCGAACAACAACAACAACAACAACUUGGAAGACAGCUCGCUGUGGCUGGGAGCCGGAGAGUUACUCAUGGACAUUCGGCGCCCGGAUCAAGUUUGGUUGCGUCAUGGACGAUCCUUGAUUCACAUUUCGUCCACACAGGAAGAUCGAGAUGUCUGGAAGUUCACACUGGCGAAAUGCCUCGAAAAACCACCCCAAAAACAACAAGGACGAGCGCUCGCCAAUACGAGUAGUAGUAUGCCGUCCUUGUCACGAUCCAUCUCGGGGGCCGGGCCGCUAUUGACGGAAGAAGAAAAGGCGCAAGAAGCACUGUUUGAACAAGCCAAGAACCUGUGUACCAAUGCAGCCCAAAAGGCUGUCGUGACGGCCAUUCGGGCCGAAUAUCAUCUGUCCCAAGGACGGGCCGAGUUGGCAUCCAAGUAUUUGGCACAGUGUCCUCCCGCGUUGGCCCCCUUUGCCGAUACGGCCAUUCGACUGGCGCUUCCACGGUUGGGCAUUGAUGAUCCACAGGGAUAUGGACAUUCCGCGGCGGCCAAGGCAAGUCUGGCGUCGAGCAAUGUCCCUCUCAUUACAUAUCUCAGUGACAAAUUA